CGCGCUCUAUUCUCUCUAUCUACCACUACUACUACCCAGCAGCAGCAGGCCAGCACACAAUACACACACUCUAAUCUCUCCACACAGCCAACACAGAUACGGACAGGACAGGAGGAUGAAGCUGGGAGCAAAAGGCCUCGGCCUCCUGCUCCUCCUUGUCCUGCUUGCGCUUUGCUCCACCAUUGAAGUCGGCGAGGCAAGAAGAGACCGGCAUUGGAGGUCGUCGAGGACCUCCUCCUCUCAGCUGCUGAAGAAAGGCAAAGGAAAGAAGACCAGCUCCCGCCGCCAAUACGGCAGCAACCGGCCAAGUCCGAAGCCACCGGCCAGCUCGACACCGAGCUCUGGUGCCGGCGGCAAAGGAAACCAGACUCCGUACCAACCAAGCCCGAAUGCCCCUCACAUCCCGAGGCCAAGCCCCCCUGCCAAUGGCAGCGCCCAUUCCACUCCCAAGCCGCCGACUCCUCCAAGCUGCGGGAAGGCUCAUCAGCAGCCAUCACAGUCACAGCCGCCACCACCAGCAACCUCCUCGCAGCAUGGUGCAGUAUUCAAUGUGGUUGAUUUUGGAGCCAAGGGUGACGGAGUUACAGACGAUACUAAGGCUUUUCAAGGAGCGUGGGCUGCUGCCUGCACCCAGGGGGCAUCUACACUUCUCGUACCACCAGAACUAGAGUUCCUUGUUGGGCCAAUCUCGUUCUCUGGGCCUUACUGCAAACCGAAUAUUGUCUUUCAGUUGGAAGGAACAAUCCUAGCUCCAAUCAGUGCUAAAUCCUGGGGUUCUGGCUUGCUCCAGUGGCUCGAGUUCACCAAACUAAAUGGGAUAGUUAUUCAAGGGAACGGCAUUAUAAAUGGCAGAGGGCAACAAUGGUGGACCUACUCAGACCCAGAGGAUGAGGAUGAUGAUGACACGUACCAUGUAGAGUUUCAAAGAAUGCCACAGAUUAAACCUACAGCGUUGAGGUUUUAUGGUAGUUUCAACGUUGUAGUGUCUGGUAUCACUAUUGUCAACAGCUCACAGUGCCAUCUUAAGUUCGACAACUGUCAAGGAGUGAUGGUCCAUGAUGUGACCAUAUCCUCCCCUGAGAACAGUCUCAACACUGACGGAAUACACCUGCAGAACUCCAAAGAUGUCAGCAUUCAUCAUACAACCCUGGCUUGUGGUGAUGAUUGCAUCUCCAUCCAGACAGGAUGCAGCAACAUAAAUAUACACAACGUGAAUUGUGGACCAGGCCAUGGAAUCAGCAUAGGUGGACUAGGCCGAGACAACACAAAAGCAUGUGUAUCAAAUGUUACAGUAAGAGAUGUCAACAUGUUCAGAACCAUGAAUGGUGUCAGAAUCAAGACCUGGCAGGGUGGCGUAGGAUUGGUUCAAGACAUAAGGUUCUCAAAUAUACAAGUCUCAGAGGUUCAAACACCCAUUAUCAUAGAUCAGUUUUAUUGUGACAGAAGCACUUGCAGGAAUCAAACAUCAGCAGUGGCAGUAUCAGGGGUUCAAUACGAGAAUAUCAGAGGAACAUUUACAAUCAAGCCUGUCCAUUUUGCAUGCAGUGACAGCUUACCUUGUUCAGGAAUCUCUCUUACUGGUGUGCAACUCAGGCCAGUGCAAGUACCCCACUACCACCUGAAUAACCCAUUCUGCUGGCAAGCUUUUGGGGAGCUCUACACUCCAACCGUCCCUCCCAUAGCUUGCUUGCAGAUUGGAAAACCUGCUGGCAAUAACUUACAGUCAUAUGACGACAUAUGUUGAGAAACUGAAAGUGCCUUUGUCUGUUCAUUGGUGCUUAUCCAUGAGUGGUCGUUGUGAUACAUGCGACCCCAUUUGCACCAUUGCUUGUUGAUGUGCACAUAUACAGUUAUUUUGAGGUCAUCAUAUCACAACAUUUUAAUCUUUUCAUCAAAGUAAACAUAAAUAUAUUCA